AUGGGUCGCGACGAUAAUGAAGACCGGUCCUUCAAACGAAGAAAGAUCGAUUUCAACCCACUUCGCUCCGAUGACCGCUUCUCAGAUCUCCCGUCGCGCACGCCACACAAGGGCCCCAGAGGUGCCAAUGGCAACAAUGGGUCCUUCAACUCCCGAGCUUCAACUCCACGAGUCGGAUCCAGGUAUAGUGGCGGAGAGACACCUCGGCAGAAAGAGUUCGACGGUCCCGAGCCCGGCGUAAACGACGACGACGCAACCAAUGCCCUCGAUCGGGACUGGUACGGCGGUGACGAUGACCUUGGCGGCCACACGUUUGGCGAUGACAGCCACAAUCCCUUCGGCGAUGAGGGCGCUUGGGCAGCCCAGGAGAGGGAGGCGGCCCUGGCGGAGAAGAAAAUUGGGCAGAUGGCGCGCGGUAUGAGCGUCCGGCAGAUUCAGAAACAAAAGGAUGCCGACGCCUGGGAGACAAACCGGAUGCUCACCUCAGGCGUGGCGCAAAGGAGAGAUUUGGGACAGGAUUUUGAGGAUGACCAGGAAGGCACCAGAGUGCAUCUCCUAGUGCACGACUUACGACCUCCUUUUCUGGAUGGACGAACCAUCUUCACAAAGCAGUUGGAUCCGGUCCCCGCUGUGCGAGAUUCUCAAAGCGAUAUGGCUAUCUUCGCUCGAAAAGGAAGUAAGGUGGUCAGGGAAAGGAGGACACAACGGGAGCGCCAAAGACAGGCGCAGGAGGCUACCAAGGUGGCAGGAACUGCACUAGGCAACCUGAUGGGAGUCAAGGAGGAAGAUACCGACAGCGCCUUGCCUAUCGCUGUGGAGGAGGAGGCCGGCAAAAGCAAAAACAUGAACAAGUUCAGUGAACACAUGAAGGAGAACGAGGGUGCCAGCAAUUUCAGCCAAAGCAAGUCCCUGAAGGAACAACGCGAAUUCCUUCCUGCCUUUGCUUCGCUCGGUGUUAAAGACCUCCUUGAUUUCGACUUUAUGGAUCCACCACCUCAGGAUACCAUCAGUACAUCUCUCUUCGAUUUGUGGGCGUUGGGAGCACUGGACAACCUAGGUGAGCUCACCGACUUGGGACGGAAGAUGAACGCGUUCCCGAUGGACCCACCCCUUGCAAAACUGCUCAUCACCUCGGAGGAAUAUGGGUGCAGCGAGGAAAUGGUCACCAUCGUUUCGAUGCUUUCCGUUCCCAACGUAUUCUACCGGCCCAAAGAACGACAAGAGGAGUCAGAUGCGGCUCGCGAGAAGUUCUUUGUGCCAGAAUCAGACCACUUGACCUAUCUGCACGUUUACACACAAUGGAAGGCCAACGGGUAUAACGACGGUUGGUGCGUGCGACACUUUUUGCACUCCAAGUCUCUCCGUCGUGCCAAGGAAGUCCGCGAGCAGCUCCUGGACAUCAUGAAGAUGCAGAACAUGAAGAUGAUGAGCUGUGGCACCGACUGGGAUGUUAUUCGCAAGUGCAUUUGCUCUGGCUACUACCACCAGGCAGCAAAGGUCAAGGGCAUUGGGGAGUAUAUCAACUUGAGGACCAGUGUCACCGUCCAAUUGCAUCCGACAAGUGCGCUUUAUGGACUGGGCUUCUUGCCAGACUACGUGGUGUACCACGAGCUGAUCCUCACAAGUAAAGAGUACAUGUCGACGGUGACCUCGGUGGACCCCCACUGGUUGGCGGAUCUCGGUGGUGUGUUUUAUUCGGUCAAGGAGAAAGGAUAUUCGGCGCGGGAGAAGAGGAUCACAGAGACGGAGUUCAACAGGAAAAUGGAGAUUGAGGCGCGGAUGGCAGCGGACAAGAAGCGGCAAGAGGAUCAGCUGCACGAAGAAGAGCUUCAGCUUGAGAAGAAGGCGGCCCCGUCCAAGGACAAGAAGGUGGUUAAAGCGGGUGCCGUGGUGAAGCCAGUCAGGAAACGUGCUGGAAGAGGAUUCUAG